ACGGUGAAGAGUUGCCGUUGUGACUGCUGCACAGCAACAUCUGUGUUCAGAGUGUUGAAUCAUCAGCAGCAGGGUGCAACUCUGCCCCUGGCUACCUCUGAGCCUAUCGGCCUGUACAUCAUCGACUGCUGCGAUCCACCAAUUACAAUCUCAUUGCACAAGUGA